UUCAUCUCAAUGAUGCAAUGCAUGGUGUUUUAUAGGACUGCAUACCUGCUCUUUGUUGAGAGGAGAAUAAAAUUGCAUGCUGACACCGGCACCUAUAAAUACAGUUGAGCUGACAGUGUCGAUAUGACUGCUGACAACACACGUCACAUCGCUCUGGUGAAAGAAACAUCAACUUCGCUUUUGCCUCUGGAAUAAUUACAGUAACAUGGUUUUGGUGCAUUCUGUAAUCAAUUUUACUUUGGACAUGUGAUCUGGUUGGUCAGCUUCAAACAGCAGCAUGCGACAUGAACAUAGGGAACUCAGUCACCGCGCAUAAAUAAAAACUCCAUCGAGUAUCUUCUGAAUGCAUUCUGCUAAUCCCCAAAUUCGUAUUAUGUUUGAAUAAUACAAGCUUUGACUUUGAAAAAUCUGCAGGCCUUUCAUCCUCGCCGCCCGAAAGUGGGGCAUCUUUAACGCUCUGGGGCAACAUCCCACCAACCUUGAUUCGUUCGCGGAGCCUUCCCAUGAGUCGAUCGCGCAACCUCAUCAUCAUUAAGUCAGGCCUGGACAUUCAGAAAAGACGUCAUGUUACAGCAAAAGCUGUGUGAAACAAUCAGGAUUUCGUGAUUCUUACACGGGUCGGGACUCGAACGCUGAACCAGCGAGUAUUAGGACUUUAAUCCAUGGGGAACCAUGUGGUUUGCUUCCGGAGGAAGGCGAAACCGAAGCCCAAGCUGAAGCGUUCUUCUUCGACCAGGUCAGUGCCUGGCAGUAAAGAGCGAGCGUCUUUCCGGAAGGAUAGUGCGCAGCAGCAAGCUCUGGCGUACGCUUUGCAGCAGCAGCAACAGCAGAAUGGUCAUGCUCGUUAUGAUCUUUCUUUUGAGAGGUCGUCAUCGACGAGAAAUAAUCCCCUCGGGAUGCCCAAGGGCCUUCCCCGCAGUGCCAGCGCUAGGCCGAGGUCUUCAAAUGAUCCUCUGCUUCAGCCAGUGCAACUCCUUAAUCAGGAUGUGAAGUUGCCAGCUGAUUUGGAGACAAAACAUUUCGUUCUUGUACAUGGAGGUGGAUUUGGUGCUUGGUGCUGGUACAAAACUAUGGCCUUGCUUGAAGACACAGGCUUCAAAGCUACUGCAAUUGAUCUAACUGGCUCUGGAAUAGAUUCAACAGAUCCAAACAAAGUUACAAGCCUUUCUGAAUAUGUGAAGCCUCUUACAGAAUUCUGUGAAAAGAUUGGCAAGGAUGAGAAGGUGAUUCUGGUUGGCCAUGACUUUGGAGGUGUGUGCAUAUCAUAUGCAAUGGAAUGUUUUCCAUCAAAGGUUGCUAAAGCUAUCUUUAUUUCUGCAGCUAUGAUCACCAAUCAACAGAGAACAUUUGAUAUCUUUGCCAAAGAGGUUAUGGAGUCAGAUUCUCUUUUGCGGAAGGCACAGAUAUUCAUAUAUGCAAAUGGAAGUGAAAAUCCUCCCACGGCUAUCGAGCUUGACAAGGAAUUAUUGAGGGAGAUGCUAUUUAACCAUAGCCCUUCUAAGGAUGUGGCAUUGGCUUCAGUUUCCAUGAGACCUAUUCCUUUUGCACCAUUUCUAGAAAAGUUGUCUCUCACUGAAAAGAAUUAUGGAUCCGUACGACGGUUCUUCAUUGAAACAUCUGAUGAUCAAGCUAUUACUCCUUCCGUUCAGGAAAACCUGAUAAAACUAAAUCCUCCAGAACAGGUUUAUCGAGUUAAGGGAAGUGAUCACUCUCCUUUCUUUUCAAAACCACAGGCUUUGCAUAAGCUGCUUCUUGAAAUUGCUCAAAUAGGUCCAAAUCAGUAGUGACUGGUACAGCAUUAUAUCUACAUUUGUUCCUGGUUAGCAUAGAACAGCUAGCAAAAUGAUUACGGUUGCGACUAAUGGUUGUUUCUUCAUGCUGGGGUUUCAAUAGUGUAUUGUUGGUUGUAUAUGCUACAAAUUGGGGGAAAAGGUUUUUCUUCCAAACGAUGUGAAUUUUGAUGGGAAUAAGAUAGUUAUAGGUUCCAGAUCCUGUUUAUAUCGAUUUUGGAGGCUUACUACUGCCAAACUAACUCACAGAAAUGUUCUUAGUGUUGAUGAAAGGGGACGGCUAUCCUUAACACAUGCCAAUCCUAGCAAGGGAUCACACAUGUGGGUUUCUUCAUUUUUUUCAUGAUUGACAGCUUUGUUGUGAAUAUAUAGAGGAGAGCUUAUUCAAUAAAAAGCAUAAGUAUUUGGAAAUCUCUGCUGGCAGUCAUGAGAGAUCAAAUAUGCGAUGUUAGGAUAGCAAUACAGCAAGGUUUUGGACCUAUUGUGCUGCUAACUUUAUCUCACCAUUUGGUAGAAGCAUUAUAGAUUCUUACGGGAUAUUGUUCUCCAAGUAAAAUUUUCUAUUUUUUUGCCUUCAUGGCCGUGUAUUGUAAUGGGCAAUAUAUUUGGGUUAGAUAUAAUGUUAAUUUUUUCUUCCUUAAAAAAAAGACUGACUACUUUUGGAAUCCAUAGACAUGCUAAACAUUUCAUGCCCAAAACCUUUGUAAUACCUGGACAGUGAUGGAUAUAGUGAAGAAAAAGUGGUGAUGUUUCUUUUACUGUCUUCUGUCAUGAAAAGGUUUCAUGGCACGACUGUGUUUGUGAUGGCAGGCCUAUGAAUAAUCUGAUUAAUGCAGUUAAAAAUUGCUGCUGCUGCUUGUACAACUGUCAACUUUCUAGAGCAGAUUCUUGUAUCAGUUUUUUUUCUCAUACAAAAGAUUCUGGUUGAUGAUUAAAUUAUUUCCAAAAUUUUAGCGCAGACGCUAGA